AUGGAUACGAGGAUAUACUGGUUCACCGCUGUGGCAGGCUAUAUUAUACAAACGAAAUGUUUCUCAUAUUUGCAAACUAGAGACAAACACGACAAUAUCAGUGAUGACAAUGUUCAUAGGGGACUAAUGGUUGUUCUGGCAUUUAUGUAUUUUGCGUCAUUGUUGUUACUAUCUCCUGUGGCUCGUUUCUUCGAUAAGGCUAAAGAGACUAAGAGAAAGAGGAAUUCUACUGCACCUUUGACCCUAUCAUCUUCUUCUUCGGACUUGGAAUUACAAACUCUGACUGAAGAAGAGCCAGUUGCGCCAGUUGCGCCAGUAGCUGUGAUUCGCGAUAAUAAGAUUGAUAGUUCUCAGGGGAUCUCGCUGACAUACUGUGCUAAAUUACUGACGCUUUCCAUUUUGUUGUUGAUCCCAAUCAUGAGUUACAUUAUGGCAUUGUCGAUGUCGCCAGGGUUUGAUGUCGCUUUGAUUCAAAAUACUUCUGUUUUCGAAAUCACCUCGUUGUUGUAUGGAGUCUGUGGCUUCACCAAGAGGAAGAAAGUGGUCAGUAAAUUCAUGGUGAUGAUGAUUGCACUUCUCGGCAUCCUCAUCGUCUCCUACACGAAAGCUACAUGCGAUUUGCUUGCGGGGAAACUAUCCAUUAAUGAAAAAACCGGCGAGUUGAAUGACCCUUAUCUCUUUGACAGAUUGAAGAGUUCUUUGCUUUGCGGACUGGGCGCAUUGACUAUGGGGCCCUUUGCAGUGUUUUGGAACCGGUGGUUUAACAAGAGAUCUCAAAACGUAUCUCUGAGUCAGCAGUGCUCGCACCUUUCGAUGAUCGGUAUAAUCUGUAUGGUCAUGCUCUUGCCCUUUUUCCCCUCGAUGAUGAACACCAUUUCGGCAAUUUACAAGGACCAGCAGUUUUGGUUCUUCUCCUUGGUAUCAGUGUUUUUGGGUACAUGGCUUCAUGCCGUGUCCCUCUUACAGGUCAACCGUAAGACCUCACCGGAGUACUCUACCACGAUUAACCUGGGUACUAUCAUCUUCAUGGGAAUUUCGGAUUGGAUCUGCGAGCCUGGUCAAACCACCAUCGUCAGAUGGGAAGUCAUAGGAUACAUCAUGCUCAGUGUUUGCUGCAUAAUGCUUUCAGUUUCCUACUAUGAUAAGAAAAGAAUAACUAUACAUCCAUGA